AUGUCACUCAGGCUAUUCCGCCGUAGCCCAGGCUCAGACAAUUACGGUCUGGAAGAAAAGUCCCUCAACUCCGAGCGUGAGCGUGAAGAGGCCUUCCAGUAUAUACUCUGGCGGCAAGAUUACGAAGCGUUACAGCUGGAGAUCAAGAGCGAUGCAGGUGAGAGAUUGCGUGCGGAGGAUUUCAGAGAGCUCUGUGCGAGCAUCGAUGCCUCACGAGCAAGCGCGAAGGAGGCUCGUGCGAGGGUCUUUGAAGAAGCCCAAGAAGCCCAAGAACACCUGUUCGAGAGCAAACUAUCUGCAAGAAAAAUCGCAUUCGAUGAAGAGAUGAGAUCUGCCGGAGAAAUGAUCCUGUACGAACGGAAGAUGCAGGAGGAGCAGUCGUCCAGCUUCAUUGAGUGCCGCAAACCUCUCUUGGAGCAGGCACGCCGAUACCGGGAAGCAGUUUGCGCUUCACUGAAGGAUCGUUUCGAAGAGCAAUUCGACACUCUCCUCAAACCUUGGGUGGAAGCCUUCCAUCUCGAGUUCGAAGCACUGCAGAAGGAGAGAAUAGAUGCGGCGGAAAGUGCGGAAAGUGCGGAACGUGCAGAGCCGGGGGAGAAGCCGGUCGAUGACCGUGCCGCCCAGGAUUCUGGACCAACGCAAGCGAGCAACAUGUACCCCGAGGAUACACUCCUUCACCCAUACAACUCAUCUGAAGUCGAUCAUACACCUGUACCCAGAAUUCCCGAUGGAACUCCUCGGAAUCUGGAGGACUUCAAACGCCACCAUAGAAGCUGGAGUAACCAGGGCGUUGCAUCUCCUGCGCCUAUUACGGUCCUCGUCCCGGAAACGUCGAGCGGGCCCGGGUGGAACUGUGGAAGUACAGAAAGUAAACGUGCAAGCUGGGGCAGCUUGAAUGAUCCGGUUCCGAUCCCCAUAAUACCACCACUUCCACCCCAGGGGCAGGUCGUCUGCGGCUACCCUCUGGGUAAAGAAAACGGCCCUUCGGAAGAGAAGAUACGCCUUGACUGCGGACAGGCUGGUCAGUCGCUGUUGUGCGAGGAGAUAUUCAAGACCAAUCAAGCACAGCGCGAAUAUCAUUUCAACCAGAACGAGCAACGGAGGGAACAGCGAUGGGCAGCGGCAGAAGCGGAGCGCGAUGGAGCGGAACACAAGAGGGACGAUCUAUUCAAUACGAGCAUGUCCGAAGCAGGGCGGAAAUUUACGCAAGAAAUGGAGACAUACGACAAUUUAUUCCGGCAGCGGCAGGAAAUGCGGAGCGCGACGGAUAGCGUCUGGGACGAGCGCUUCGACGACGCCAUCUCCAGGUGGACGUACACAUUUGAGACGCUGACGACUCAGAUUGACGCGCGAUAUGUCACUUUGAUCAACGCGCAGGAAGACUCGAUGAGAAUGACUCAAGCUACCGUGGAGGAUGUCAUCAGAUGCCAAAAAGGGUGGUUACGGGAAAUGCGGGACAAGGAGGCCAGUGCAUUCGAGGAGUUGCAGCAUCGCAUGGAUGUCUUCAAUCGGCAUAUCACACGAGAACUGUCAAGGGAUGAAGAUGCUCCAUUGGUGGGGUAUAUCCGCAGAGCGUCAGUCGGCUGUGAAGACCUCGAAGCAGGUAUAGGACUGGGGGAAAUGGGAGCGGACCCGAGAGAUGAAAGCUCAGAAUGUAGCUUUCCGGCACCCCCGUGCCUGAUAAGCGCCCCGUCAAGUCAACCAAUUGUAAUACAACCCCAACCAGCCUCGGGCGUGGGCAUACGCAAUAUAACCGCACCAACGUACAUUACCUGUCCCUUACCUACGCCAGGCGACUACAGUGACAGAAAGAAGAGAUCGAACCAGGAAAGACGCCGAACGAGCGUCUUUCAGCAAUCUCAGAACAAGAAGAAGGAGACGUUCGAGAACGGGAUACGGAAGCGCCAGCAAGAGUUCGCGAUCAGAGAAGCGAGCCGCCAACAUGUGUUCAGUCAAAAGCAGGAGUCCAGGAAGAGCCAAUUGCGAGCGCAAGAGGCAUCGCAAGCUGAUACCUUCUCUGAAGCCCACAGACGCAGGGCGUCAGAGUUCCAGAUGAGCGAAAAUGACAGGGAAGAGGACUUCCGAAACGGCCAGCGCGGUCGAGAAAGGAGGUUACUGGAAUUCAUCAAGGCGAGAACGGAGAGAUUUCUCCGCAAUCAGGGUCUCCGCGAGGCACAAUGGCGGCGAACUGAAGAUAAUGGACGGCGUCGUUUCUCAACUUGGGAACAAGAUUGUCUGACGCUCCUUGCGCGGAUGGUGGAGGACUACAAAGAGUUGUUCCGCGAUGACGAGCGGAACCGGCACCUUCGCUUCCGGCUCCUGACGGACCAGGCGACAGCCAUUCGAGGGUCUCCCAAUAAAACACAGAACGCAUUAGAGACAUGAUACCGGAUGUGACUUCGUCAGCGUUAGCGUCGAGAGUUGCUGUACAAGUAUUUUCUGU